AAUGGGAAACCACGCCCCGGUCGGUGCACGGCGCCCACCCCGCCCCUCUCUCUUCUCGACACUCUUUUUUCACCCCGGGAGUACGGUUUUUUAAAGACCGCAGGCAGAGGACCCUGCGGUGUUCUGCUCUGUUCGCCGACAACGGGCGGGGUCGAUACAAGUAGCGGCAGCCCAUCGGCCUCAGCGCAGCAGCGCGGCCAGUCGUACGUCCUCGUCCGGUCUCUCUCUUCAGCCUCCCCUCCCCCGUCGUCUCGUCUCUUCUCGCGGCCGGGUCCGGGGCCAUGGGGAGGGCGCCGUGCUGCGACAGGGCGGCGGUGAAGAGGGGCCCGUGGUCGCCGGAGGAGGACGACGCGCUGCGCGACUACAUGCAGCGCCACGGCAACACCGGCAGCUGGAUCACCCUCCCCAGCAAAGCCGGGCUGAAGAGGUGCGGCAAGAGCUGCCGGCUGCGGUGGCUCAACUACCUCCGCCCCGACAUCCGCCACGGCGGCUUCACCGAGGAGGAGGACACCAUCAUCUACUCCCUCUACAGCCAGCUGGGCAGCAAGUGGUCGCUGAUAGCGUCGCAGCUGGAGCGGAGGACGGACAACGACGUCAAGAACCACUGGAACACCAAGCUCAAGAAGCGCCUCGCCGCCGCCGCCGCCGCCUUCUCCACCGCCCCCUGCCGUCGCUCCCCGUCCUUCAUGCCGCUCCCGGCGCCGGCCCCAGCGCACGCGCACCUGUCGCCGCUUCUCCCGCUCCCCGUGCCGACCGUGAAGGCCGAGGCGUACACCUACGACGACUUCCUGGCGCCGACCGCCGGGCUGCAGGACCCGUUCGCCGCCGAGGGCUCGUCUUCGGCCUCCGCCGCGCUCCAGGACACGUUCGCCGCCGAGGGCUCGUCCUCGGCCUCCGCCGCGCUCCAGGACACGCUCGCCGCCGAGGGCUCGACGUCGGCCUCCGCCGCGUCGUCGGGGUCCAACUGGUCGGCGGUGGACAACGCCGGCGGGUUCUUCGUGGACUUCUGCGCGGCCGGCCCCGACCUCGCCGCCGCAGACCAGUUCCUCGGCGGCUUCUACUACCCUCUCGACUCGACCUUGUCACUAGUGUAGAUCGAUCGAUGUGUGACGGACGCGCGCACGUCCUCGUGACCGAUCGAUCAAACGUGUUAUCCCAAGUACUCGAUCUCCAUGAGCAAAUUCAGAUACAAGCUCGGGUUGCCACCUGAAAAGGUGAUCUUCGUAUGCUUGGAAACUUGAAAUGUGGUUCUUGAAUCUUGAUCACAUCGAUUACAUGCUUC